CCUGUAGUAAGCACACAUCAGGCUAUUAGUAACCAGCAUGCACCAGUGACAGGCUAUAGCCCAGGGGUACAAUACCGCCCUCACCCCCUCUCUCACCUGUGGACUCUCAGGCCUGUGAAGUGAGCUAAUCAUAGGCCCACAGGGCUUUAGCAGUCGGCAAAUACAAAGCAACAGCAGUCUAAUUCACAUAUCACACCAGAUUGGUUCAGCCAAAAACCUUCUGGGUGAGGACUUACUAAUGUUACAAAGUGGUAAACAGCUUUCUCUCUACCUGGUUGUUAGUCUGCAGUGCAGUUACAUAUAGAGGACAGCAGAGUGGACAGUGGUAUCAAAUCUCGCUUGGUGGUCGCUUAAUCAACACUGUGGUAUAGUGACAGGCUGAUUGUUAAAAGGAUUUGUUUGCGUUAAAAAAGGAACACAAAACUUUUAUUUGUGGAUUUGGAAAAUUAAAGCAUCAGGCUGCCAUAAGAUAAGUAGAAAUAAUUGUAAAAUUGUGACAGAAGUUUUGAAACAAAGAAUAUUGAAGUGUACAGUGCUGUUUAUCAAAGAAGUUGUGACUGUAAAGGCGUUUAACUAAGUUCACGAUGCAUUCAAGUUGGGAAACUUCAUCCAGACUCAUUCCUACGCGUUAUGAGACUGAUUUCUACCGGCACAGUAGCCCGCGAUGGGAGCUUGCCCCCUUCCAGCCGAUGUCCUAUACUCCGCCAUUCCCAACCACCUUCAGCACAUUUGCGCCGCCACCGGCACCAGAAUUCUCACGAAGCCUGGUGCAUUACCCGCCACCGCGUGAGUCAGGACAGUCACUGGAAAUGGAGCGGGAGAUGAGACGAAUGAAUGAGGAGAUGGGCAGAAUGAUGGACAAUAUGAAGGUGAUGAACCCCAUCUCUAACAUAGACGACUGGAGGCUAACAGAGAAUUUCCGUAUGGAAAAUCCUAUCCAAUCCUAUGGGGAUGGUUCCCGCAAGUUCAGCCUGCAGUUCGACCUGAGGCAAUUCAAACCCGAAGAGAUUCAAGUGCGUACUUCGGGGAACCAGCUGACCGUGAGUGCCAGGCACGAGGAUAAGGACGCAGGGAAGGCUGUGUUCCGUGAGUACAACCGUUCGUACGUGCUUCCCAAGGAUGUUGCGCCUGAGCGACUUACCUCCAAACUAAGCACGGGUGGGGUGCUGACCAUCGAGGCCCCACUGCCUGCCCUGGAGGGACCCCGGGAGAAACUGAUUCCCAUCAAGCACAACUAACACUGGUCGGGCUGAUAUGGCAGAGGAGAGUGAACAGGGUGUAUUAAUAUGACUUUGGCUCUGGUAAAACAGGUUUAAUGCAUUUGUUUAAGGAGUCAAUCCUGAUAAGCCUGUAAAGUCUGCACAGGUUCAUCACAGACAUUUUUGCACCUUAACUAGAUUUUUCUUAAAAAGACUAAUGCUUUACAAGUGGUAAGUGUCAUCUCUGAUUAGCCUGUGCAGACUGCACAGGCUUAUCUGGGACGCCACGGUAUGCACAUGUACUAGGCCUUUUUUUCUCAGAGCACGGAUCGCACUCAUCAACCCAUCCUUAGAAUUUACAUACGAUUUUUAUAAUAAUGAUGAAUAUUCUUGCAACUGUUGAUGGUGUAAAUUUUAUACUGACUUUGCAUUCUCUAACAUUUGUUGUUGUGUUUUACAUUUGAUAUUUCAAUGUGUGUAAAAAAACAUUAAACAGUGGCAUUUUUACUAAAGGUACUUGUAUUUUAUGUUUUAUUAUGAAAGUGCUUGAUAUAGUUUUUUUCAUGGGUCUAUUUCUGCUGUUGUUUAUUCUCUGGAUGCCAAAAAUACUUGAAGAAUGCCCUAAUUUCUUGUAUGGUGUAUGGGAUAUAUAGAAUGAAAUCUUGAAGAAUGCCCUAAUUUCUUGUAUGGUGUAUGGGAUAUAUAGAAUGAAAUCUUGAAGAAUGCCCUAAUUUCUUGUAUGGUGUAUGGGAUAUAUAGAAUGAAAUCUUGAAGAAUGCCCUAAUUUCUUGUAUGGAGGGGAUAUAUAGAAUGAAAUCUUUGAAUCAGGCUUUUUGCUUAAUUGGUGUUGACGCCUAUGAAUGAAUAAUGUUUAAAAAGCUACAGUGUACAGGAAUCUUAAUAAUGGCAUUGAUAAACUGUGCUUCAAUUAUCUAGUUGGGUGUUUGUGACUAAAGUUAUGAUUUCUGUAGAUGAUUUGGUUAUGAAACUGAGAAUUCCACAUUAAUCCUUUAUGUUAAAUUAAUUGCACAUUAAUUGUGUAUUUUCUACAAUAUUUUGUCAUACUGAAGAAUUCCUGUUAUAAUUGCUUUAUGUGCGAGCAUACGGAGACAAAUUGAGGUAGAAUUAAAAUUAUACUUAUGGAAAAUAUACUUUGUGUUAAUUUUUUUGUUACAAGCUUUUUGUUACCAUUUAAAGUUAAUACAUCAGGAAAUUGCUACACAUAAUGGGGCAACAUAAUGGGGCAGUUAAUUAUUUGUAUAAUGAUGACCAGAUGACCUCCCAUAAAAUCAUUGUAGUACAUGCUCUAAAAAUAACAACCGUGUUUGUAAUUGCUACUGUGAACCAUUUGUUGUUUGAUUGGAAUUAAGUUUAUGAUCUUUUUAUCAAUGACAGUUAUGUAACUAAUUUUUUGUUAAGUAUCUUGCAGAUUUUUAAUUUUGUAUUUGAUUGAUAGACAGUUCUACACUUGUCAUAUUGAACAUAUUAAUUACCAUAAUACUACAUUGCAAUGUGAUUCAUAUGCUUUUGUAUGUAUACAGUAUUUUGCUGUUUCAUCCUGUGAAAAGAUUGUGUUCAUUAAUUGUGAAACUUUCAUGUGCAAAUAAUAGCUAACAGCCUGUUUACAAAAAUCUUCUUAGGUAUCUAAUCUAAUGGAAAAAUCUAAGGUAUCAACAUCUGUGUAAAACACCUGGUUCAAUAAGCAGUUUGAAAUACUUUGGUAUUCAAAGUUAUUUAUUGUUAAAGUAUACGGCAUUAAGUAAAAAGCUUAUAUCUGUCUUUUUGCGCAAAAAACCCCCAACAAAUCAGGGCCUUUUUCCUUCUUUAGCAAGUGCCUUAUAAAAGGCUCCUUCCUUCAAGAGAAAGGCCCCUUCCCAUAAGAAAAUUUCUUUAAAAUGAUGCGUUUUUCCCC